AAAACUAGCUCUAGCUGAUUGGCUGUGUUUUCGCCUGUUCUUUUGUUUCAGCGCUUCGCUUAGCCUUUCCCCCGUUCUCUCUAUUCACCCGCUAAACGCUAGUGCUAAGAGCUGCUGGAAAGCUGCGGGUACAGCCAUUAUAGGGCCCUGGCGUAUUUUAUUUAGACUUCAUUUAGGGGUUUGAUAAAGUCUGUCUGAGGUGCAGAAUGUACAGCUUCAUGGGAGGAGGGCUGUUUUGUGCAGGAGUGGGCAAUAUACUCCUGAUUGUUUCCACAGCAACAGAUUACUGGAUGCAGUACCGUCAUUCGAACAACUACUAUCAUCAGGGGCUGUGGAGAUACUGCAUGCCUGGAAAAUGCUUCACACACACCGACAGCAUUGCAUACUGGGAUGCUACACGAGCGUUCAUGAUCUUGUCUCUGUUGGCCUGCUUCUUUGGCAUCAUCAUCGGUAUUAUGGCCUUCAUCCACUACUCAUCCUUUGACAGGUUUAAUAAAACUUUUGCUGCAGGCAUUCUGUUCUUCAUUUCAUGCUUUUUUGUGUUUCUGGCCAUGGCUGUGUACACUGGAGUUACAAUAAAUUACUAUGGUAAACGCUAUGGUAACUGGAGGUUCUCCUGGUCUUACAUCAUUGGCUGGGUGUCUGUUGUGCUCACUUUCUUUUCAGGAAUUUUCUACAUGUGUGCAUACCGGAUGCAUGAAUGCCCCAGAAGCUCAAAUCCUCACUAGAAAACUGGGCUUUAUUAUAAUCAAUAUUGGAAGCCACUUCAGUAUCAAACACCAUGAAAAUAAGAACCAAGUACAUUUUAAAUGAAGAAUCAUAGAUAGAAUAGCAAUGUGUGAACACUUACAAUCUUGCUGUCUAUAUUAUGAAAAACUGUACAAAACAACUGGUGGAGAAUCUGAUUAUAAGAUGAAAAAACAUUCAAAAUAAUGAUUAUUUCUCUUUGUUUUGCUUUCAUACAUUUUUUCCUGUCCUUCUUUCAUUCUUUCUAUCUUUCUAAAAAAAAUAAAGUGGUUCUAAUAUAAAAAAAAAUUAAUAAAUGGAUGCUAUCAGAAAUAUAGAAUGUGUGUAUUAAACUAUAUUUUUAAGAUAUGUAAUGGCAUGGAAUUACACAAUAAACUGGUCUGCUCUCAGUGUGAGGAGCGCGAGCUAAUGCCAAGCCUCUUACAGAAACGCACCACUUAGGUGUGACGCAGUGGCGUGCUGUCUCCCAAUUUCACUUGAUUAAACGGCUAUUAAAAGCUGCUUAACUGCCUCUGGGUGUGGAUUCUAUCGACUUCUCAAGUAAAGGCGAUUCCAUCACCAUUAGUACAUUUACUUUAGCGUUUUGCCAUAAAAAGCAACUUGUUACCAUGAUUCGUUAGCACCGUG